CUGCGCAUAGUGUCCAUGGAAAAUGUUGGCGAGCAGGUUGUGUGCCUGACUGCUUAUCAUCUACUUUUUGCAAUGUUUGUCUGGUCAUAUUGGAAAACUAUCUUUACAUCCCCAAUGAAUCCUUCAAGAGAAUUCCAUCUCUCUUAUGCAGAAAAAGAAUUGUUGGAGAGAGAGCCAAGAGGAGAAGCCCAUCAGGAAGUUCUCAGGCGAGCAGCCAAAGAUCUUCCCAUCUAUACCCGGACCGUGUCCGGAGCAAUCCGAUAUUGUGACAGAUGCCAACUCCUAAAACCAGACCGCUGCCAUCAUUGUUCCGUCUGUGAUAAAUGUAUUUUGAGGAUGGAUCAUCAUUGCCCAUGGGUGAACAAUUGUGUUGGAUUUUCAAAUUACAAAUUUUUCCUCCUUUUCUUGGCUUAUUCUCUGCUGUACUGCCUUUUUAUUGCUGCUACAGAUUUACAGUAUUUUAUCAAAUUUUGGACAAAUGGCCUACCCGAUACUCAAGCCAAGUUCCAUAUUAUGUUUUUAUUCUUCGCUGCAGCUAUGUUUUCUGUCAGCUUGUCUUCUCUGUUUGGCUAUCAUUGUUGGCUAGUCAGCAAAAAUAAAUCUACAUUAGAGGCAUUUAGAAGUCCCGUGUUUCGACAUGGAACAGAUAAGAAUGGAUUCAGCUUGGGUUUCAGUAAAAACAUGCGACAAGUUUUUGGUGAUGAAAAGAAGUACUGGUUGCUACCCAUUUUUUCAAGUCUAGGUGAUGGCUGCUCCUUUCCAACUUGCCUUGUUAAUCAGGAUCCUGAACAAGCAUCUACUCCUGCAGGAUUGAAUUCAACAUCGAAAAAUCCUGAAAACCAUCAGUUUCCUGCAAAGCCAUUGAGAGAGUCCCAGAGCCAUCUUCUCACUGAUUCUCAGUCUUGGACAGAAAGCAGCACAAACCCGGGAAAAGGCAAAGCUGGUAUGAGCAAUCCUGCAUUAACCAUGGAGAAUGAGACUUAACUCUUCAAACAAAAUAAAUUCAUACUUUAUGGAAGUAUCCAUGCUGUAGGUGGAUGGAAGAGGCUUCCCACAGGAAGGCACCAUUGGCCAGUUGUUCCCAUUUUCCUUUGGCUGGAUAUGCAGAAUAUGAAUUGGUUAGUUCUCUCCAAGCUGUUGCUUAAAACAUAACACAUUUUUAAAUUCAAUAUACAGAUUGUUUGAACUAACACAAAUUCCUCUUACAUAUUAGAAGUAAUUAUGGUUUAUGAAUCAAAGGCAAAAGUAUCUUCUAUCAUAAAAACUUGGAAUAAAUUCAUGGGCUGAUUUUCACCCAAAUAUUUGGGUAGUACAAUGUCUAUACAUAAAAAAUCCAUUAAUCAUCUGAGUUUCUGAUUCCGAAAAUUGAGACUAUUUAAGAUAUUGAAAUUUGAAAGAUUUCAAAUUACCGUAUAAUGACAGCUUUAUUUAUAAAACCUACUAGUUACCAACGAGUUGGAGGUAGCAUUCCCUCUGUUGUGAAUCCAGCCCCAGACUGAGUGAACUAUAAUGACUAUGAAUUCAUUGCAAACUUUAAGUGGCCUACAGUUGAAGAUUACCACCAUUUUUGCCAGACUUUAAUCUAAUUCUAGCCUUUGUUCCCUGCUGGGAAAGAUGUAUGGUCAUUGAAGCCUGAGCUCACUGAUAAGCAACUAGCUAGCAAUUUUUAUCAUAACUAAUACAUUAAUUACUACUACAUCCACAAUAUAUUUUUCAUCUCUUCUGAUCCUCUUAAAUUGGCUGAAAAUUAUAAAAAAUCAUUUAUGAUGUUCUUUUGCCAUUCUGGCUUUUUAAAAAAUCUCAUUUUUUAAAAGUUAUUUGUUCUAUUGAACAUAUAGCUAAAAUAUUGAAUUUGUUAAUAAUUCCUAAUGGGCCAAUAGAUUAAUCCUCCAUUCGUAUCUAUAUUAUUUCUGUGUCCCCUCAUUGAAAGUAUGACAGUUAUACUUUAUAUUUCUUCAAAUACUUAAGAUUAAAUUAUGCAAAUCAUUAAAAGAAAUAUACUUUUAGAAAUUUAGUUCAAUAUGAACUAAAUGGUGUGCUGUUUGGAAAUUGAGUUUAAGGUAAACUAAAGUGGUGUGUUUGUUGAUGCCAAAUGUUCGGCUUCAGUAAAUAUACUAGGAAGCUCUUGUGCCUUGUAUGCACUAUUUGAAAAAAAUUUAUUCUUUUUUUUUUUUUUUUUUUUUUGAGUGGAGUGUAAGUUUUGUAAAU